AUGGAAAGCGGCGAGGAGCGAGUGGGGCCGGUAGGGCAGGGGGGUGGGGAGCUGCUCCGGGGAUCUCGUUCCCCUCCUCCCAGGAGUGGCACUUUGGAUUCCCGCGCUCCUGCAGCCUGGGAGUGUCGUGGCGGCAACCGGCCCGUACUCUCCGCGGACGACGAACGCGGGGCAGGGGACCCCGAACCCCACCAGCGGCUGGCUCACCUCGGGCGGGGGGCAGGUGCCCCUCCUGUGGCUGCGGACGCGGCUGGGGGCGCAGCGGCUCGGCGGCGCGCGCGCUCGCGGUGCCCGUGUCCCGCGGGCUCGGGGCGCUGGGCGCCGGGUCCCCGCGGUCCGACUGCGCCGGGGCUCGCCUCCCCGGCCCAAUCGGAACAACUCCAGGAGCUGGGAAGCCCCCCUGGACGCCACUGGCCCACGAAGCGAGCGGGGGGAGAAGCGGACCUACAGGGUGGAUACUUGUAUUUAUACCCCCUCCGCGGCUGCACCCUGAGGUAG